AUGUCUAAAAGUACAAAAAUGUUACUAAAGAAAAUUUGUACAUUAAUUAAUAAAACGGGUCUCGGCGAUUACUGGAAUGAAGGUUCUGAGAAAUAUAGCAAUAUUUAUAUGAUUCUAACAUUCACUGCUUACAUCAUUAUGAUAAUUCUCGAAAAUCUUGCCGCUUGGUUUGGUGAUUUCCCAAAAGUUGAAAAGAAUUCAGCUGUCAUGUUUGCCGUGAUACAUAACACGGUGUUGGCUAAAAUGUUUUUACUGUUAUAUUAUAAAAAGUCUAUAAGGAAAUUAAAUAAGAAGAUGGGUCAGCUUGGUGCCGACAUGGAAGAUGAUGUGACAAUGAACAUGCAACAUAAAAAAGUUAAAUACGGUCUUCUUUUGUAUGUUGUAUCAGUUUAUUUGUCACUACUAGCUUAUGGUGUAGACAGCUUGAGAAAAUAUGUCACCGAAGGUACGCCUUUUUAUACCGUAGUGACAUAUUAUCCAAGUUACAAUAGUACAACUCACGUGGCGAGUGCAUUGAGGAUAUUUUUCUAUAUGACUUGGUUAUACAUGAUGUUACCAAUGAUGGCAGCAGAUUGUCUGCCCAUUGUACACCUUAUUAUUAUGGCUUUUAAGUUUAUCACUCUGUGUAACCAUUUCAAGAAAAUAAGCAAAGAUUUCAGUCGAAACAAAACAAAUAUGAGGAAAGAAUCUGCUGUACUUAAACUCAAAUUUGGUUGUAUGCAAGGAAUUUUAAUGCACCGCAAACUGAUUUCAAUAAUAAAAGAAGUGCAUCGUGUCUUCGGCAUGAUAAUGUCUCUACAAGUUUGUGAGAGUUCCGCUGUAGCUGUUUUGUUACUUUUAAGAUUAGCCAUAUCUCCGAAGCAGAAUUUAACUGAUGCCAUAAUGACGUAUACUUUCGUAACUUCAUUAUUCAUUUUGUUGGCACUUAACCUUUGGAACGCUGGUGAAAUUACUUACCAGGCUUCGCUUCUGUCAUUUGAAAUAUACUCCUGUGGCUGGCAUCUGUGCGAUUCGUUCCCACAGCAUCAAAAGCACAUCAAAUACCUGGUCCUCAUUAGCACUGCCCAAGCGCAGAAGUCGCUUAUUCUUAAAGCGUUCGCUAUACAAGAAUUAUCGUAUGCGACUUUUGUUUCGGUUGCCAGACUCACGUAUUCGAUAUUUGCAGUAUUUUAUAAAUGA